GCAUAUAAGUUGCGCUACGGGCACCGAAUGGGGCCCAUGGUGAAAUCCAAGCGCACGCUGAGGAGCUCUGUACUGAUUGCUGAUUUCCAUUAUGAGAUUGUUUGUCUGAGUAGUAACCUCGCUAGACACGGCCCACGUCCUGAUCCCUCCUUUUGUCCUUCCCCCCACUCCUCCUCUCCGCCACCACCAUCACCACCAUCACCAUCACCAUCAUCAUCACCACCACCACCACCACCACCACCAUCACCACCGGCGCCCGCUACCGUCCAGCUGGUCCACGUGGCAGUGAACCUGGGCCACGCAAUUCGCCCCUGGGCCUUAUGUCGAGCCUUGAGUGACGCGGCUGCAGCUGUUGAGGAGGGGGAGGGAGAGGGAGAGGCUCCGGCCACCAAAGUAGGUCACAGCAGGUGCUUUCCGUUUCCCAAUUGCGAGGAACAGAAACAGAAGCAGCAGCAGCAGCAGCAGCAAGAGGAGGAGGAGGGCCGGCGACCGUUGAAGGGGACGGCGGCAGCGGGUGGCGACGUGGGUUUUGCUGUACGGCGACAGGCGCUUAGGGAGCUGGUGCUGAUCCGUGGCUCUACUCGGCCAGCGCUGCGGCUGCUAGUCUGUGCGUUGGGCGGCUCGCGAGAGAGGAUGGAUGCCGGAUGGGAAGAUGGGGAUAAGCGGCUCGAGGGCCUUGCUGUGAAGGGGCAGAUGUCCAGGCAGCUUUUGGGCGCGGGGGUUGGUCCGUUGCUGGGUCCAGGAGCCCUGCGGGCGCUGUUUGACAACUUGGAUCAAAAUGAGUUGAUGGGCUAUGAUUUGUUCACCACCACCUACCAGCCCUCUCUACGGCGCACAGACGCCUGUCUUGUCUUCCACCACGGACUGGCUGACCACUCCGAGCGGCACGGGGAAGUCCUGGCGCACCUCUGCGCGUCUCUAGGCAUGCCCGUCUACACGUACGAUGCGCACGGCCACGGCCGCAGCGGCCCCCAUGACCCCGUGGGCCGCGCGCUCAUUCGCUCGUACCGCCACAUCAUCGACGACUUGCUGGACUUCACGCGGAUCUUCGUGGCGGAGGCGGAGGAUGCGGACACGGACUUGGGCGUGGAAGCGGAAGGGGAAGCGGAAGGGGAAGGGGAAGCAUCACCGGCGGGACCCGCACCACCCGCUCGCCAAGGCAACGGGGACGAUGGAAAUGUACGGCAAUUUGGGCAGCAGCAGCAGCAGCAGCGGCGGCGGCGGAGGCGGAAGCUGCGGGCCUUCGUCCUGGGUUAUUCGAUGGGCGGCCUCGCCACCACCCUCGCCGUGGCUGAAACAUGUCCAACACACGCAGCAACAGCGUCAACAACAACAGCAAUAGCAGUAGCAGCAGCAGCUACCGGCAGCAGCUUAUUCGAGGGGCUCAUGUUGACGUCCUGCCUGACGGAUCCAUUGUACGGCAACCAUCCCGUACUGCGCAUGGUGAAGGUGGCUUACGUCACGGCACUGUCCUGGUUGGCACCAGCUGUGCCCAUGUUCAAGCGCAACCCCGUGGAGUCGGGUAUACGCGACCCGGCGGCCGUGGCUGCCAUGGCGGAGGACACGUUGUGGUACAGGGGACGUUUCAAGGUGGCCACGAUUGCCAGCCUGCUGGCCGGCUGUGCCCGUCUACGCCGUACCGCCCGCCGUCUAACUGCCGUACCGCUGUACGUACAGCACGCGACGGUGGACAUGUCCUGCAGUUUGCCCUCCAUGCACGCCUU